GUAAUAAAGCGCGUGGUUGUAAUUUGUGUAGAUCCAUAAACAAAAUUCUUUAGUGUGAUCAGUUAUCUUAAACCUUAGUUAGGGCUCCAUCCCCAUCCGCUCAACGUUCCUCAUUUGGACACUCUCACUCGCGCCUCCGAUCGCCGGUGAUUGAAAUUCCAAGACAGCAAAGAUGUCCGAAAGCGGCGUGGUUACGCUCUACGCGAACUCCGCUAUCGCCGAGACCACAAAGAAAUCCCCCUUCUCCGUGAAGGUGGGUUUGGCCCAAAUGCUCCGCGGCGGCGUCAUCAUGGACGUCGUCACACCUGAGCAAGCCCGGAUUGCUGAGGAAGCCGGCGCUUGCGCCGUCAUGGCUCUGGAGCGCGUCCCCGCAGACAUUAGAGCUCAGGGCGGCGUCGCCCGGAUGUCCGACCCUCAGAUGAUUAAGGAGAUCAAGCAGGCCGUCACCAUUCCGGUCAUGGCCAAGGCUCGGAUCGGGCAUUUCGUGGAGGCCCAGAUCCUCGAAGCAAUCGGGAUUGAUUACGUGGACGAAUCGGAGGUCCUCACACUCGCCGACGACGCCAACCACAUCAACAAGCACAAUUUCCGGAUCCCGUUCGUCUGCGGCUGCCGGAACCUCGGCGAAGCUCUCCGACGCAUCCGGGAGGGAGCCGCGAUGAUUCGAACCAAGGGAGAGGCGGGUACCGGCAACAUAAUCGAGGCCGUCCGUCACGUCCGGUCCGUGAUGGGCGACAUCCGGCUGCUCCGCAACAUGGACGACGACGAGGUGUUCACGUUCGCCAAGAAGAUUCAGGCGCCGUACGAUCUGGUUGUGCAGACGAAGCAGUUGGGAAGGCUCCCAGUGGUCCAAUUCGCUGCUGGAGGGGUGGCAACCCCAGCUGACGCCGCGCUGAUGAUGCAGCUGGGAUGUGACGGUGUGUUCGUCGGCUCAGGCGUCUUCAAGAGUGGAGAUCCGGCAAGAAGGGCCCGGGCCAUCGUACAGGCAGUCACCCACUACAGUGAUCCAGAGGUGCUUGCUGACAUAAGCUGUGGGCUUGGAGAGGCUAUGGUUGGAAUCAAUCUCAAUGACAACAACGUCGAGAGGUAUGCGAACCGCUCUGAGUGAAUGCUGGUAUUUCAAAGAUUCGAUUUUUAGUCAAGUUAUGGAUUGAUUGAGGUUUACAUGGAGGCCCCCAGAUCGUAUGUCAAUCUCGAAUGCCUUUGUGUUUACUGGCUUAUGUUGUUAUACAUUUCCAAUACUUUUGGUUGGAAACCAUUAGAAGCAUAAAUUGUUGUAAUGCAAUGACUGUUUUUAUCUAAAAUAAUAAUUUGAUGCCAUCUUAUGGGGUCAGUGUUUCCAAUCCCUUUGAUUUUCAAAAUGAAUGAGGAAAUGGUCAUCAUUUAUCAUUUACAA